CAAAAUGGCAGCCUCCAUGAUGCAACAUACCGAGGAAAUGUGACAAUGACUCAAAACCAUUGUAAUCUGUUUUCUGACAUGUUUAUUAAACACAGUAAACACAUUUAUCAGACAUUUUACAGAUUGCGUAUCUCAUCUACCCAUCGGAGGAGUUCGACUGUCGCUAGAAUGGCUCGAAUCGUCGAAAUUAAAGACAACCAGAAUGCUGUAUCCACAGCGGUUACCAGUCUUAAAGCCGGUAACGUUAUAGCCGUUCCGACAGACACCAUUUAUGGGGUAGCUGCACUGGCUCAGUCUACAGCAUCUGUUCAACAACUUUAUACCAUAAAGAGAAGAAAUGGACAAAAUCCUGUGGCUAUUUGUGUGGGUGAUGUUGAAGAUCUUCAGAGAUGGGGUGAAGUGACGGUCUCCACUGAAUUGCUCUCUGACCUUCUACCUGGACCAGUUACACUAGUCUUCAAGAGAAGACCUGAGCUCAAUCCAGAGUUGAAUUCCUCCACCGAGUUAGUUGGGAUUCGUAUUCCGGACUGUCCUUUUAUUCAAGAUGUUGCUCGUGCAGCUGGUUCACCGCUAGCGUUAACCAGUGCUAAUGUUAGUGCUGCUGGUAGCACAUUAUCAAUACAGGAGUUUCAAGAGCUGUGGCCACAGAUUGAUGCAGUUUUUGACGGAGGGCGCUUGGGAGACUCAAUGGAAUCUAGAUUGGGAUCAACUGUAGUUAAUCUCUCUAUACCUGGACACUUUACAAUCAUUAGACCAGGCAGUGCUCAUAAACGGACGGUUGAGAUCCUGAGUGCUAAGCAUGGCUUGCUGGAAACCAGGUAGCACAGUCCAAUUCUGAUGACAUUCUAAGAAUACUUCUGCUAUUUAUGGAUCAUGUUAUUUUUUACAACAUAAUCAAAAUAUGUUAUAUAUUUUUGUACUAUCGUUUUAAACUGGGUUUGGGUAUUAACACCAUUAACUCUUACACUUGGGAAGUUCUUGCAACUCUAGAUGGCAGCAGACUAUGUUUGCAAUUUCAUGGCCUUGCUUACUGCGGAAUUCUUAGCUUACAAUACAGCACAUAGAAUCUUGGAUUGUACAGGAGGGAGUAAGCGCAGAAUUCUAGGGAAAGCUGUGAUGAGAAAUUAUAGCCAGGUAAAUAUAUUGCUCUCAGAAAUAUGCUCAUGUUUAGAACUACAUAAACAAUAAAAAUUAACAAGGUAGUCUGCUGUCACCUAGUGUUUUCAAAGGCAUUCAUUGUUUGAAACCUUGAUUUAGAAAUAUGCGCAUAUUUAGAACUACAAAUAAAAUAUAAAUUAACAUGGUAGUCUGCUGUCACCUAGUGUUUUCAAAGGCAUUCAUUGUUUGAAACCUUGAUUUAGAAAUAUGCGCAUAUUUAGAACUACAAAUACAAUAUAAAUUAACAUGGUAGUCUGCGGUCACCUAGUGUUUUCAAAGGCAUUCAUUGUUUGAAACCUUGAUUUAGAAAUAUGCGCAAGUUUAGAACUACAUAAACAAUAAAAAUUAACAUGGUAGUCGGUCUGCUGUCGCCUAGUGUUUUCAAAGGCUUUCAUUGUUUGAAACUUUUAUUUAGAAAUAUUAACAUUUUCACUUUGAAUAGUAUAUUAGAUCUUGUGCUUUCACACAAAAGAUCUUUUUCACUAAAAGUUUACUUUGUAUACAAACAUUAUGGGACCAUAUUGCUGUUAAUGACUGUUUUUUUAUUUGGGAUUGAACAAAGAGAAAUUUACUAGAAUCACUGACCUCCGGAUCAACAUCCCAUCAAUUUUUCUUUUUCAACCCAUAUUCAUUUAAAAUUUACCUUGUCAGUUUCCAAUGUGGUUUCCAAUGUGGUUUCCACUGUUUAUUUGUGUGUACAAAACCCAUGCGAUAAAAUGGUUCAUUUGAAUUACAAGGACAAUCUUUAACACAAGCCCAGCAUAAAACAUCUAGUAAAAACUGCCAACUGCCAAAGGCUAGUGAAUACCACUUCUCAACUUGCCCUUUUGGCAACUAAAAGCUGUGAAUCCUAUGUGUUUUAUAUGCUCCUAUUUCUUCCUUUUCAGAUGUGAAUAAUAAAUGUUUAAAAUGUG